UCUAAAUAUUAACGGUCUUGAAUCUAAAUAUUCUGCGAACCCGCCAGCUGUCAUUCUGUUAAAAAGUACAUUUUACAUCUGACCUGAAACUGAAAUUUACUCGUGAAGUAGAAAAGGGAUUUAUUUCGGUUUAGUGAGGCUCUGCAUUUUGUUCUGGUUGUGAAGAUGGAAGAUAAUCCUUCUUUGCAAUUGCCUCCGCGGGAAUGGGUGUGUGAAAAGUGUGGCAAGACGUUCCCCGCCCGGAAAUCUCACAAUGGACACCAGAAAACCCAUGGCAGGUACGGAAAGAACCAAAUUGUGCCUCCAGAGCGGCCUGAGCAGUCACCUGAAGCGUUGGAGGGGCCUCGAACUCGAAGCGUCUGUGUUGCUGCUCCACGUUUGCCGAGCGUCGAGCUUGGAAUUGGACCCGAUCCUUUAGGACGAAUUCCAGACGAAAGACCUCCGACUCUUCACCAGUUCUUACCUCUCCCUAAGGAUGAUAAAGCAGAUUAAAAGGCAAGCUAAAUGCUAUUUUUAACAGAGAAAUAUGCAUUAUUUGCAACACUGUUACUAAAAUACAGAAGAUUAUGGGCUGGUAACAGUCAUUUAUAAGAGCAGUUGUAAGCUAGGAAUAAGUAUUUGUAAAAACAAUUGAAAGCUGGUAUAUCUUCGUCGGUAGAGAAUAUGCAAUCCGGAAAUAUUAUUUUAUCCCGCCAAGUGCCUAGACUUUCUAUUUUGAAAUGAUUUUUUAGGAUUUACAGAGACAAUUUUUUGUUUACCUUUAUAUAUACGAAACAGCUUCCCUCGA